GCCGACGAGCCGGCGCUGUGUCUGCAGUGCGAUAUGAACGACUGCUACAGCCGCCUGCGAAGGCUCGUGCCCACCAUCCCGCCCAACAAGAAAGUCAGCAAAGUGGAGAUCCUGCAGCACGUUAUCGACUACAUCCUGGACCUGCAGCUGGCGCUGGAGACGCACCCGGCUCUGCUGAGGCAGCCCCCGCCGCCUGCGCCGCCGCACCACCCGGCUGGGACCUGUCCGGCCGCGCCGCCGCGGACCCCGCUGACAGCGCUCAACACGGACCCGGCCGGCGCGGUGAACAAGCAGGGCGACAGCAUUCUGUGCCGCUGAGCCGCGCUGUCCAGGUGUGCGGCCGCCUGAGCCCGAGCCAGGAGCUCUAGAGAGGGAGGGGGAAGAGCAGAAGUUAGAGAAAAACCCACCGGAGGGAAGGGAAGAAACGUCAGCAAAGCCUAGAAACGUUUUCAUUCAUCAUUCCGAGAGGGAGCAAGAGGAAAGAAAAAUAAAACUUUCACCUUUUUUUGCACGUUCAUAAACAUUCUACAUACAUACUCUGUUUCGUCUCUUCAUUUAUAGCCGCUGUGAAUUGUACAUUCCUGUGUUUUUUUGGAGGUGCAGUUAGACUUUUAAGCUUAAGUGUGACAGGAUUGAUAAAUAGAAGAUCAAGAGCAAAGCCGACUUUAGAAGCCUACUUUGUGACCAAGGAGCUCAAUUUUUGUUUCGAAGCUUUACUAAUAUACCAGAGCAUUGUAGAUAUUCUUCUUUUGACAUCUAUUGUUUAAAAUAGAUGAUUAUAAUGGGGCAGGGAACUUUCUUUUCCCUGCAAGAAUGUUACAUAUUGUAUAGAUAACCGAGUGACAUUUCAUACCGUGUAUAUAUAGAGAGAGAUGGUCUAUAAGUGUGAGAAAAGUAUAUGCUUUAAUAGACUACUGUAAUUAUAAAAUAUUUUUAAUUAAAUAUUUUUUGUAAAUAUUGUAUGGGUUUUUUUCUUUUUUGAUCUAUGGGAAUAUUUCUUUUGGAAAAUUAUUUUUCAGCUCGGUUGCAGAGCUCUUGAAAUCUUGAAUGUCUUUCUGUUUGGCCUGGUGUCUGAUGUGUUUUUGUUUGGGCCAGUGUUGUAGAAUUGGAAGUAACAGCU